CGAUUGUGGUUAAAUAUCUUUACUACACUAUUAACUUUUAGUGACUAAAUCAUUCUAGAAUGGUACAGGAGGAUUUAUUCGAAGUUAAGAAAAAUGACAAAGUUGGAAGGUAUGCAGUGGCCAAAAAGAAUUUAAAAGCAGGAGAUGUCAUUUUCUCUGAAAAACCUUUUGCUUACGGUCCUAAAUCAGACAGUCCAUGCAUUUGUUUGGGGUGUUACACCUAUUUAGAAAGCCAAAAUUUAUGUUCCAAAUGUUCCUGGCCAGUAUGUUCACCUGAAUGUGAAAAUAAAACAGUACAUAAAGAUUUUGAAUGUGAAGUAUUUUCUAAAGCUAAAGUAAAAUUUCAACAGGUGGAUGACCCAUCCGAAACCUGCCUUCAGUAUGAAUGUAUUACACCAUUAAGAGUCCUCUUGUCCAAGGAGAAAGAUCCAAAACGAUGGGAGGAGGAGAUCCAACAUAUGGAACCUCAUAAUGAUAUAAGAAAACAGAAACCAAUUUGGGAAUUCAAUCAACACAAUGUAGUUGAGUAUCUAAGAUCAGUUUGUAAACUGGAUAGAUUUUCCGAAGAAUUGAUACAUACAGUAUGUGGAAUUUUAGAUAUAAAUGCAUUUGAAGCUAGAACACUGGAAGGCAAUGCUGUAAGGUGUCUAUUUCCUAAACUGGCAAUAAUGUCGCACAAUUGUGUAUCAAAUAUUCAUCAUGCUGUUGAUGGUAAGGGAACUGGAGCUGUUGAUGAUUUCAGUGUCACGGUGAGAGCAGCAGUGGAUGUACCUUCAGGAAAAGAAUUACAUAGUAGUUACACUUAUUCCUUGUGGCCCACGUUGGUUCGAAGAGAGUUUUUAAAAGAAAACAAAUUCUUUGAUUGUACUUGUGAGAGGUGUUCCGAUAAAUCAGAGCUAGGUACUCACUGUAGCACACUUAAAUGUCAGAAAUGCGAUAAUGGAAUAAUCAUGUCAACUGAUCCAUUAGACGACAAAUGUGAAUGGAAAUGCACUCACUGUGAAUUUAAAACAAGUGCAGUAGCAGUAAGAAAGGUUUUUGCAACGAUCCAAGCAGAUUUAGAUAAUGUGGAAUAUAUAUUUGGCCCAGAAGGACUCCAACAAAGAGAAACUUUAUAUAAAAAGUACAAAUCUGUAUUGCAUCCUAAAAAUUCGUAUAUGACAAUACUAAGAAGUGGAUUAGUUCAAUUAUAUGGAAAAGCUGAAGGAUACUCUUUAAGCGAUUUGCCAGAUCUAAUUUUAGAGCGCAAAAUCGAGCUUUGCCAGCAACUGUUAGAUGUUCUCGAUGUAAUAGAACCAGGAAAUUCGAGAAUAAGAGGUAUCAUUCUCUAUGAGUUACACGGUCCACAAAUGAUUAUAGCAAGACAUCAGUAUCAAAACAAUGUCAUUACAAAAGAUAAAUUCAAACAAGAGUUGAGACAAUCCGUUGACAAUUUAGGGCAAGCAGUUCAGAUCCUGAAGCAGGAACCACCAAGUCUUCCUGAAGGCCAACUUUACUUAAUAGCAAAUCAAGCGUAUGAACAACUUAAUGAAAACUUUGAUAUGCUAGUUGAAACUGCCUAAAAUUGUUAACCUUUAUUUUGUAAUUUAAUUAAUAAAGUUACUUAUCUAAUCCA